AUGUCCGAGCCAUCACAUGAGUUGCUGUUGCAAUUUCUCAAGGAUUUCACCAAUUUGGACUUAAUUCCGGCUUCGUUAACCCCUGCAUUGGGCUAUUUCUACACGGCCAUUGCGCGCGAUGAGGACUUGCGCCAGCAAGCAUCGAACAAGUGUUCGCAGGUUCUCGAAGACCUGACGAGCCACAGUGCAGAGGUGGUUAAAAGAUGUAGUCAGUUUUAUGAGGUGUUAUCGGCACAUGUUCCACCACCUUUUCCCAAUCUCAUUAUAGGACAAGUUGACGUCAAUGGCACCACAGACAUGCCCGUCCUGAGUCCGCAUCAGCAUUUAACCAACUUAAUAAUUGAAGAUAUAGACGUUACACAGUACAUAAGUGACUAA